GAGGGGGAGGCGGAGAGGAAACAAAAACAAUCGCCCGGGCGCCGCCAUCUUGGGUCCGUUCUCCACGCCACACAAGUGAAUGGGUAGAUAUGAGAUUACCACAGGGGAGCAGCAGAAGCAGCAGGGUACGGAGGGCUGUUCCGAGCUGCCGGCUGGACUCGGGAGACGCUAGAGAGGGCUCUGGCCGCCGCCGCCGCCCUGAGAAAACCCCUGGGCUCGGCCUUUUCUCCUCGCCAACCCCUAAACUGCACUCCUGGAGGGACAAAGUUGGUCUCAGCCGCCCUGCCUCCGCCGCCCGGGAGACGAGAGAGUUGCGUUCGGCAGCGGCUUCCUCGGAGCCGGGAGUGAGCCGGGGUCAGAGUUAGGGGAGAAGGGGACGAGGGGAUCGCUCCCCCCGCCGCUCUCUAGCCGGGGCCGGCCCGGUGCGCCGUGUGGGAGGCACGGGGAGGCGGCAGCAGGAGCCCGGCAGGCUUUUCCUUUCCACCCCUGCUAUUGCUUAUUCCUUUCUCCUAAAAGGAAAAAGAAAAAAAAAAGAAAAAAGAACUGGAUUGGGGAGGGGGGUGUGUGGUGUGGACUGUCUGGGGUCUCCGUUUGAGCAGCGGGAGGUGCGGCGGGGAGGAGAUGUGUCGGUGAGGAGUUAGAGCGGAGCAGGAGAGGCGCCAGCCGGCGUGAGGGGAGGGAGAAGGCGACCUGCCGCCGGCCCGGCCACCGCCGCAUCCUCCCCGCGGCCCCCUCGCCUCCCCGGGAGCCCAGUCCUCCGAGAAGCACCGGCAGUCGAGGAAGGAAGAAGGAUUUGCCACAAAGAAUAUAUCACCCUCCUCCCCAGCGGCUGGAUACUGCAUUUUUUUUUAAUAUUUUUUUUUUCCGGUCGCUCUUCUCUGUUUAAAUACCAAAUAUAGCCUCUUGGGGGGGAGGGGAUGGAAGUCUCUUAGAAGAAUUUGAAAUCUUGCUGGGAUUCGGGAGUGCUGGUGUUGGACGGACAGGGGAGAGGAGGGGAGAUGUGCGGCUCUUCCUGACUGGCGGCAGGACUCGAGAUUUGCUACUUUUCAGGAAGCCCGAAGGUUUGUUUGUUAACCAAACUGUUGUUUCUCCCCUUUUCCUCGUCGGGGCUGCGCUAAAUCCCUCAGCAUUAUUAAAGAAAACCGAAGCGUUGCCCACGUGUAGCUUGGUGGCUUGCUUUUUUAAAGGUAGCUUUUCAUCAAGAAACUGACAAAACUCCCUCCCUUCACCCGGAGGCAUUUGAGGGUUGAAACUGAAAUGGAGCUACUUUUCUCCCAAACACUACAUGUUGUAUAAGGGGAGCAGGACGAAAACGUCGUGUUGACCGAUUUCGAUACGAUUCCCCGACACUCAGCACCCACGAGGGAUGCUUCGCCGAGCUUGAUGUGGAAAAGCAGAGUUGGAGCGUCCUCAGAGACUUCGUCGUGGCCAGCGGCUUAAUUGUUGACUUUUUUUUUAAAGUGGAUUCGUAGCAUACUUUUAUGAAUUAAAUUUUGCCACCGUUUGUACAGAAGCCAAAUGACACGUGUGUUUUGAAACACAGUUCCAAAUAUAUCCAUCCCUCAACCCGGAUUCUUGCUAGAAAGAGCUGGAGGGAGAUCGUCAGUGUCUAAAGAAAUCUGAUUUUACUGUUUUAUGAACGUUAUCUGCUGCAGAAAUGUUGCUAUAGAUUGCUUUAUAACGGUUCAGCAAGAAGGGAGAUUUUCCAGCUUGCAGGACCGAGGAAACUGGAUACUUAAAGUCACUUAAAUGUUUUAACAGCAUUGGAAAAUGGGAGCUGCUACUAAGUUGGCGUUCGCUGUUUUUCUUAUCUCUUGUUCUUCAGGUGCCAUACUUGGCAGAUCAGAAACACAGGAGUGUAUCUACUACAACGCUAAUUGGGAAAAAGAUAAAACAAAUCGCAGUGGUAUUGAACCUUGUUAUGGUGAUAAAGAUAAAAGACGACACUGUUUUGCUACAUGGAAGAAUAUUUCUGGAUCAAUUGAAAUUGUGAAGCAAGGUUGCUGGCUAGAUGACAUCAAUUGUUAUGACAGGAAUGAUUGCAUAGAGAAGAAAGACAGCCCUGAAGUGUUUUUCUGUUGUUGUGAAGGCAACAUGUGUAAUGAACGCUUCUUCUAUUUUCCAGAAAUGGAGGUCACGCAACCAACUUCGAAUCCUGUUACACCUAAGCCACCUCUGUUCAAUACCUUGCUUUAUUCAUUGGUGCCUAUAAUGGGAAUUGCCGUGAUUGUGCUCUUUUCAUUCUGGAUGUACAGACAUCACAAGCUGGCGUAUCCUCCAGUGCUCGUUCCAACCCAACACGCCUUUCAUAUAAUGAUUGAGGAUCCUGGGCCACCACCACCUUCACCGUUGAUGGGUUUGAAGCCAUUGCAGUUGCUAGAGAUCAAAGCCAGGGGGAGAUUCGGAUGUGUAUGGAAAGCUCAACUGCUAAACGAGUACGUUGCGGUCAAAAUAUUCCCUAUUCAGGACAAACAGUCGUGGCAGAACGAAUAUGAAAUCUACAGUUUACCCGGAAUGAAGCAUGACAAUAUCUUGCAGUUCAUCGGCGCGGAGAAGCGAGGCACCAGCAUCGACGUCGAUCUCUGGUUAAUCACAGCAUUUCACGAAAAGGGUUCAUUAACCGACUUCCUCAAGGCUAACGUGGUUUCUUGGAAUGAGCUGUGUCACAUCGCUCAAACUAUGGCUCGAGGCUUGGCUUAUCUUCACGAGGACAUACCAGGGCUAAAAGAUGGACAUAAACCUGCCAUCUCACAUAGGGACAUCAAAAGCAAGAAUGUGCUGCUGAAAAAUAAUCUUACAGCUUGUAUUGCUGAUUUCGGUCUAGCUUUAAAGUUUGAGGCUGGAAAGUCUGCAGGGGAUACACAUGGACAGGUCGGUACACGCAGGUAUAUGGCUCCCGAGGUACUAGAAGGUGCUAUAAACUUCCAAAGGGAUGCGUUUCUGAGAAUAGAUAUGUACGCCAUGGGGUUAGUCCUCUGGGAAUUGGCAUCGCGCUGUACCGCCUCAGAUGGCCCAGUAGAUGAGUACAUGCUGCCAUUUGAAGAAGAAAUCGGCCAGCAUCCCUCCCUGGAAGACAUGCAGGAAGUUGUAGUUCACAAAAAGAAGAGACCUGUUCUAAGAGAGUGUUGGCAAAAACAUUCUGGAAUGGCGAUGCUUUGUGAAACCAUAGAGGAAUGCUGGGAUCACGAUGCGGAAGCCAGGCUGUCAGCGGGUUGCGUAGAAGAACGGAUUAUUCAGAUGCAAAAAUUAACUAACAUUAUAACGACAGAGGACAUCGUGACUGUGGUCACAAUGGUGACAAACGUUGACUUUCCUCCCAAAGAAUCCAGUCUAUGAUAGUUGCACUGGUCACGUACCUGACCGCCAGGACUCUUCGCUGGAGCUGCUAAAGCUGACGGAUGCUCACGUCGUUACUGUUUUCUGGGUGACAAGAGCGGUAAGUCUCUCCGGAACAUCAUCACGAGGUGGUUUCCCUUUUUUUUUCCCCCCCAUUCCUGCUCCCCAACAUGGAUCCAUGAGACUUUUGGCAUUCCCUGCUUACACCCGAAGGACGUGUGACCGAGAAACGAUACCGUGCUGUUAAGGAACUUAAAUGAAGAAUGCGGACCCGCACCGGCUAAUCAGGCGUUUUAAAAACUGACAUCAGAUUUCUUAAUACCUGUCAGAAGAGACUAAUUCCUUAAAUGAACUACUGUUAUUUUUUUUAAAUCAAACAUUUCAUUUCAGAUUUAAAAAAAAAAAAAGGGUAACUUGUUUUUAUUGCAUUUGCUGUUGUUUAUAAAAAUGACUAUUGUAAUGCCAAUAUGACACAGCUUGUGAAUGUUUAGUGUGCUGCUGUUCCGUGUACAUAAACAAAAGUAAUCAAGUGGGAUAUAGCAAAGAGGCUUCCAAGUAUUACUUAACCUCCCUCAACAAGGUAUACCUCAGUUCCACCUCUGCUAAAUUAUGAGAUUGACAACACUAACGAAAUUUGAAUAAUAAAUUGAUCCAUGUUUUGUAAAUGAUGUAUUUCAAAUUCACUGUGUUAUUUAAAAAGGGUAAGCUAUGCUUCAUGCCAACAGUAAAUGGCCAUUCCUAAAGCAGUGUUUUUAGCCUUUUCUUGUACUAGCUUGUUGUGUAUAAAAGAAAAAAAGAAAGUGCUGUUUAUUGAAACAAAAUUUUCCUUCCUCUUUUAGUUUAAAGCUUUUCUCUUACCUCCAUUUCCCAGAAUCUCUCAUACAUUUAUUUAACUGAAUACUAUUUAGGUUUGCUGUGUCUGAGGAAUAUUUGAAAACUUAAGCAUGACUUUUUUUUUUUUAAAUUUUCUGUGAGCUAUGACACUGGAAAGCUCUGAUUUCUUGUUCUUUUUUUUUUUUAAAAAAAAAAACAAAAGUCUUUUUCCUAUUUAUGUUUGUGACAAGGUCUGCCUAGCGCGUUCUGUUUCACUAAGCAGUGGCUUCUGUAUCACUGUUUCAGGAUCAGCUCAGGAAGCUCAGUUACCCCCAUUCCUUCCUCUCUGCUCCGAGACUUGCAGCUUCCCUCUGCUGACAGCGUCGGUGCCAUCUCAUCCGAGUCCUAAUUCACGUCUGAGAGACGUGGGGUUAUCCCAGAAUCACACGGAAAAUUCUUGCCACAGAUUUCAGAUUAUAAAUGCUUACAAAUUUCAGGGAUGAUUUAGUUAACGCUGACAACUCAGAAUAUGCAAUGACUGGUUAGAGGUAACGAAUACAGUGGCCGUAGCACAGACGCGCAGGAAAUGAGGAAAAGCAGUGACAUUGCUUUCCCAACUCCCACAUUCUCUUGAGUUUAGGGAGCGCCAUGCCUUCUCUUCUGCUUACAGAGUGACUGGGAGGUAGGUGCCAAAGUGCUUCUCCCAAGUACUGUUUCACUGCGUUUAUUUGAUCCUUUACACAAAUUUCCAAGGAAAAUACAUUUUUAUAAAGCUCGGGAGUCCAGAACCGCCACUCGCUGGUAGUACGCUGCGUGUUCUCGCGUUUUUUUUUUCUUUGGUUUUACACCCAUGUGUUCAACGUCUUUGGAAAGAAGCUUUUAACGUUGCAAGGAGGAGCUCGCUGUCAGUGUUACCUUGAUAACUGACCUGUACAGCCAGGAGAGACCCUCGGUUUUACGUGUGAACUUUCUGGGAACAAUAAGAGACGUGUGGGAUAACCCAGAGGCUCUCGGCAGGGAGGGAGUAAGGCUCUGGCAGUGCCAGUGUGGUUGUGGCUGGUGUCUUGCUGUUGCUCACCUUGGUGCCCGAGGAACCUGCUCUGAAGGGUGGCUGGGGCUGUAGGCGCAGCUCGGUGGUGGGCGGCUUGGCUAGAAAAAGAAAGAAAUCUUAAUUUUUUGGCCGCUUCUUUUAUUGACACUUUUGGUUUGCCUCCAUUUUUAAUCCAGGGCCCUGAGUUAGUGCACAGCAGGACAUGAACAAAUCCCAAUCCACUGGUACUUCCCUGAAGAGCUCCAUGCUCCCCGGGAGCUGUAACCCCUUUGUUAGCAAAAACGGGGCAAACACAGGUGGUUUCAUAAUGUGGUGUUCGUGCAAAAAUUAGUCACGUAUAAAAUGUGCAUCACUUGGGUGUUACCCCUUAAAACCUCUGCUCCCGUGGGUUCUCCCAGCCAAGCCGGGGGGGACUCCAGUGUGGCUCAGACACUUUGAUGCCACAAAGGGCACGGGGCACCAGGGAAACUUGUCUGCAUGUUCUGAACCUGCCCUUGGAUGCCCCCGAUGCUUUAAAUAUUGUCCUGCUCCCAGCUGCCUGGCUCUUAACAGCGUGGUUUAGCCUAGCUGUGAGAAGGAUGGUGAUAGCAUCAAUGCUUUUUAAUUGGUAGAAAUAACCCCCCCGGAGCUGUUGUGGCACAGCUGUUCUCGCAGGGCAUUCCGAGGUGGAUUUUUGUUUUACUUGUGGAGCAUUAAGUGUGGAGGUUGAGGAGAUGCCUGAGCCGCAGCGCUGCAUGUGUCACCGAGGGCAGGGUUCUAGGAGCGAUGCUGGUAGAAACCCUUUGGCAUUAUUCACCGCAGGCAGUGACCGCGGUCCCUUCGUGUCCCGCAGGGGUGGCAGGUGGGUGCGAGCUCCUGUGGCUCUGAGGGACAGCUGGUCCCUUGCUCUUAACUUCAGCUUGAGCCUGCUCAAAGGCUGAGGCAGCUCAGCUUCUCGGCCUCCCCAGGUUUUUACUCUUUCCGUUGUGUCAGGGAGGGAGACGUACCUGUACCGCAUCCUUUGUCCCGUAGCGUUUUGGAGUGGAGUCCGUGCCUCUGAGCUGCUGGAGUUGUUGGAGUGGUGCUGUCACUGGGGGCGGGAUCCUGGGACUGCCCCGCGAGGACUGAAAUCACCGCUUCUACCUUCCCUCUGACUGAAAAAGCGGGUGUAGUGUCCAAGUACCAACUUUCGGUGCGCUAACUAAAAUGUAACCAGACAGUAAUAAGACAUUUCCUGUUCAUAUUAGCAUUUGACAGAAGAAAUAGGGUCACCGGUUGCUCUUUUUCCAGCUUCUCUUUUUUAAACCUUUUUUAAUACAUUUACUUUUAUUAGGAACACUUGGUACAAAAUGCAGAAAGCUGCAAUAGACGUUCACGGGCAAAACGAUUCAAGUAGCAUCCUUGAUGGAACAUCAUUUACCUCAGAUACUCAACCAGCAGUACUUCUCUUUUUUUUUUUUUUUUUUUUAUUUUUUUAAUGCCGUUUCAGUCCAUAUACUAUUCGUUACCUCUCAAGAUUUUGGUAAGCAAUUAUUUUAACUUUACUCUUUGUAUUUGUCAGUGUUUUGGGCACAGGUUGUUGUACUACUGUCAAAAGGUACUUGCUGUUUUUCUGCAAGUACUGAAAACAAACCAACCCCCCCUUCCCCCCCCCCCCAGCCCUCAAUAAAGUGAUUGUUAAAUAUUGUACAAAUACAAAUGUAUACUCUUUCUCCCCUAUUCCCCCAGAAAGUUAAAAUAAAAAAAUGUGACUACUAUGA